GGACACGUCCAUUCCCCAUGGCAGGCUAGCUAGGACUACAGCUACACAGCCCCCGGCCCAGCUUAACGAGGCGGCAUUAACGCGAGGCAGCAGGCCCUGUCCCGACGAGGAAGGGCUGCCCGCGCUGCCGCGGUUGCACUACCUGGCCACCUAUAGCGCCGGGGCUGCAAAGCAAGCGCUGCCGCGCGCCGGAAGCAGCCAAGGCCGAUAGCGCCACAGGCAGCCGCCGCCGCUGCGGCAGACCUAAACCAUGGGGGUCGACCUAGGCCCGCAAAAGCGCACGCGCCAGCCGCUCCAGGUCGACCGCAGCGCGUUGCGCGGCGGCGCCAUGCGGCCUUUGAGGAAGCGGCCAAGCCGCAAACGACUCAAGAAGCUCGAAGGAGGCUGGGACUCUAGGAAUGUGAAGCAGGAGCAGAUCCUCGGCAAGUACGACGCGUUGACCGACGACUACUGCGUGUUUGCCAGAGGCGAGUCCUUCCGGAGGCACUUCACGGAAAUGGUCGGGACGAAUUCGUUGGAGUUGUUGCAGCAGUCCAAGCCGCGCAUGGACAAGCCUUUGUCUCGUCUCGUAAGGACGCCCGACGUGAGUGCCUUGCCGGCCUUCGAGGUGCCGAUCGCGGACAUGGUUCCAUCUUUAUUAACUGCUAAGAGGUCCUCGAGGCCCUUUGAGGCCGUUGUUGAUGACGCGACGAUGGACACGGACGACCCGACACCAUUGUUCAAGGCCUGGGGCGAAGAAUCAUUUGCCACAGUACAAAGACCUAAAACAGCUCAGAUGGGCCCCGAUCCACUCAUGAACCCACCCCCCAUCAAAUACGUCGACGAGCCGAACAACAACUGGGCCGACCCCGCGCUCGGUUCGAUGUAUGAAUCCCAAGGAACACAAUCAAUACAAUCGAAGAUUAAUAACCAACCGCCGCAAAUUGCCAUAAGAGUCCGAGGCGCGACGGGGCCGCUCGGAUUUGUGGAGUACGACAAGGAGGACACUCUUCGCGACUUACGAAAGACGCUGAUCGACGCGCAGAUGGUGCCGUCGCGCGACGUACCGCCGCGCUUCGCCUUUGUCCUGCCGGACGGGAGUCCCGUGCCUUUUAAACAAGAGCACCUGGAGCGGGUCAAGGGCUUCGGGGCGCAUGUCUACAUCCAUGUGCUGCAGACGAAGCGGGACCACAACGUGUCGCCGCUCGGCGAGGAGCAGCAACUCCAGUUGAUGCGUAGUCGCAACCGAGGUGUGGCCGCAAAUGAGUACGGCGUGAAGCCGACGCCGAAGAUCUCGCCGGAGUACGACUAUUUACCUGUCGUGUCGUAUGCGGAGGCCGCGGACAAGGCGCGACUAGGCCCCUUACUGGCCAAAAUCCGGGAAAUUGCCGGCAAUGCUGCUAUUCAAUUACAAAAGAGGGUCCGCAUCAUGCUCGCGAAGAUCCAAGUAGAUCUCAUGUUGCACGAUCCUGUGUUAGCGGCGGAACGCGCUAGGUUAAGGGCCAAAAAACAAAAAGAGCUUGAUGACAAGAGAAGUGCCGAAGCUAGACGUAGACAGGAAGAGGCCGACAAGCGGCGGAGGAUGAUCGCCGACCAGCAGUCGAAGGAGCGGCUCGAGGCCGAAGCGCGCAAACAAGCGGAAGCGGAACGGGCUCGUUUAAGGAAAUCUCGUAAAAAUGCUGAGGGUGACGCGGAAGCUGCCAAGGUCAAAUUGCUCAACCGCGAUAGAGAUGGACCCGCGCUGUAUCGGGGCGCGGUCCAAGAUGCGCAUGGGACUCAUCUUCUCUUGAAUAUCAUCGUCCAUCCGGAAGGCUUGGUGUUAGAAGCUUACACAGCUUUAACUGAUGACCGAGUGGAAGGCUCAGUGUUACAGUCACAAUUAGAAGCAGUCAUCGAGGGCUGGAAGACCAUGUCGUUGGACCAGAAGCAGAAGGUCUGUACCUCCCUCAGUGCUUGUACGAGGGUCGUGGGCACGGAGGCGCCAAAACUAACGGCCGACCUUGACAAGAUGCCCUUCUCCAAGCAGGAGUGGUACGACCUCGAGAUACCCAUUUCUACGCAAACUUCCGUGCAGUUUGAAGAAAGUGGCAAGUCGCCCGAGGAUCUUUUCCGGGAAACGCAAACUGCCAAGGCUCAAUUGGACCCUCUGUUACUGUGUACCUCUACCCAACCUGGUUUAGGGGAAGUAAAUGCGUAUGAGAAGGGCGAUGCUCUGAAAUUCGUGACGCAGGCCAAAAAAGAAUUAACAGUUGAAAGUAGUAUGUGGGCGGCUACCGGUUAUGGGCCCCUAUCCUUUUUACUAAGGCCGGAGAAGGAGGCCCUGGCUGCCGUGUUGUCUUCUGAUCUCGAGUUGAAGAACGGCCAGCUCGCUCUCAAGGUGCGCGCGUCGCCUAGGCCUGAUCUAUCGGCUUUAGUAGCUCCGAAAACAGCAGCAGCAGAUAUGGGACUUAAAUUAAGGCCAUCGUUGGACUUCGCGCCCGGCGGCGACCACGCCUACAAGCCCCCCCACGUGAAUGAGGAGGAUACGCCUAGAACCAAAGCUCAGAAUGAUCCCAGAGCGCAUGCUCUAUUACAAACUCCCGACGAAGAGAGACCGAAGUCCAAGUCCGUCUCGCGAGCGGCUUCGCUCACGCCGCCCCGUUCCAAGGACGGCAAGGUUGAUAGAGGCACGGGGGCGUCCAGGCCGACUUCUGCCGCCACUACUCGGAAACCCCGCAGACAAGGCAAAGCGGAAACGAUGACGAUGGAAGAAAUCAGACGGCCCAUCACGCCCGGCGCGCAUGAAGGGCCGGCUACUGAUCGGUCGCCCCCCGUCCUGAAGCAGUCUGAUGAUCUGUCGGUGGUAGAAGAAAGGUCGCAUUUCACGCCCGACCCUCAACCGGUGGUCACGGAGCUGCCUCUCCAGAAGGUCAAGAAGGAGCCUCCCAGUGGUCCGGUCCUCCUCAAGGCCAAGACCCAAUCUGGGGAGAAGAUCGAGGUGUAUGAAGAGGGUGACAAGCUCACUCUGUAUAUGCCGAAAACCGGGGACCAGGUCCAGGCGUCGGAACAAGAGUGGUACCAGAUCGGCUACGGUGCCUUGUACGAACUCACACCGGCCGAGAAACGGUCGCUAGCAGCAGCUCUGGCCGAUGCCUGCGAGAUCGACAUGCGAGGUCAGGUCGACGCGAAUACCACCAGAGGUGUAUUGGUACUACGCUUAGAUGCUCGAGUUCAUCAAAUGGUGGAGGAGCAGCGCGGCUACGACGACACGCGCGCACUACCGCAACAGUCGUCGAUGUUCGGUGAUCAUGCGGAAGCGCCAGUCGUCGAGCCUCUCUUCGGUUCUAUGGAAGAAAGACAACAAGAGGACGAGCGCGUGGCCGCUGUUGUCGUGCCUGCCAGAGCCGCUAGAAAGAAGGCGGAAGAAGAAGCGCGGCAGGCGGAAGAAGACGCGCGCCGAGAGGCGGAGCACGCCGAGGCCGAGCGCCUCGAAGCGGAACGCGUCGAAGCCGAAAAACUUGCAAAGGAAGAGGCGGAACGGAAGGAGCGCGAGAAGCAGGAGAUGCUCGAACGGAAAGCCGCCGAGAAGGCCGAGGCGAAACGUCGGAAAGCGGAAAAGAAAGAAGAGAAACGCCUCGAGAAGGAACGGAAAGCUAAAGAAAAGGCCGAGAAGGAACGCAUUCUGGCCGAGAAGGCCGAGGCUGAAAGGCUCGAGCAGGAGAGGAUCGCUGCGGAGCGGGCCGAGGCCGAGAGAUUGGCUGCUGAGGAAGCGGAGCGACAGCGUUUGGAGGCCGAGAGGCUGGAGGCUGAGCGUAUCGAGGCUGAGAGGCUGGAGGCGGAACGAGUGGAAGCCGAGCGACUCGCCGCGGAAAAGGCCGAGCUCGAACGGUUAGAGGCUGAGAGAAUCGAAGCUGAGCGGCUCGAGGCCGAGCGUAUUGAAAAUGAGCGAUUGGCUGCGGAACAGGCCGAGGCCGAGAGAUUAGCCGCGGAGAAGGCCGAGGCUGAGAGAUUGGAGGCUGAGAGAUUAGCUGCUCUGAAGGCCGAGGAGGACAAGGCUGCUGCCGCGGAGGCUUUGAAUGCGGCGGCGGAGGGCGACGACCUCGCCGUUUUGGAGGCGGCGCUCGCUGACGCGAAGGAGAAGGGCGUCGAGGACCUCGCCACCGCCGAAGCGCGGCGCGACGAGCUUGCUGCUUUGGAGGCCGAACGGGCCGCCGAGGCCGAGCGCGUCGAGGCGGAAAGGUUAGCUGCGGAGCAGGCCGAGGCCGACCGCCUCGAGGCGGAGCGAUUAGCCGCCCUAUCCGCGGAAGAGGCGAAGCAGGAGGCCCUCGCUUCAUUAACCGCGGCCGACACCGUCGAAUUAAUCGACGCGGCCCUCGCCAAGGCUGAUACUGUGGGCGUCGCCGCCGACGACGACGCACGGGUGACGGCUUCCGCGAAACGCGCGGAGCUCGUCGCCGAGCAGGCGCGCGUCGACGCCUUGAAGGCGCUCGAGGCCGCGUGCGCGACCGAGGACCUCGCCGCGAUCGACGCCGCGUUGCUACACUGCGCGGAGGUCGGCCUGCCCGACGACGCCGACGGCACGAAGACCGCGGCGGCGCGGCGCGAGGAGGUCGUCCUCAAGCUCGCGGAGGAGAAGCGCGUCGCGGCCGUCGCGGCGCUCGAGGCCGCGGCCGACGUCGAGGCCAUCGACGCCGCGCUGCUCGCGUGCACGGAGGCCGGCGUGGCCGAGGACCACGCGGCCGUCGUCGCGGCGACGGAGAAACGCGCGGUGCUCGUCGAGGCCGACGCUCAGGCCGCCGCGCCCGCGCCGGCAGCCGAGGCCGAGGAGGCCGCCGAGCCCGAAGGCGAGGAGGCCGCCGCGCCGGCGCCGGCGGCCGAAGCGGCCGAGGAGCCGGCCGUCGAAGAGGCGGCCGAGCCCGCGCCGGCGCCCGCCGCCGACGCCGCCGACGUCGACGAGAGCUACGGCGCCGAGGACUUCGAGGAGAGCGCUGAUGCGCCGGGACCUGCGCCUGCCUCCGAGGCUGCCGAGCCGGCGGCCGCGCCGACGGACGUUGACGAGAGCUACGGCGCCGAGGAGUUCGAUGAGCCAGCACCGGUCGCCGCGCCUGCCGCCGCGCCCUCGGCCGCGCCAACGGACGUCGACGAAAGCUACGGCGCCGAGGAGUUCGACGAGCCCGCACCGGUCGCCGCGCCCGCCGCCGCGCCCUCCGCCGCUCCGACAGACGUCGACGAGAGCUACGGCGCCGAGGAGUUCGACGAGCCCGCACCGGUCGCCGCGCCCUCCGCCGCUCCGACAGACGUCGACGAGAGCUACGGCGCCUCGGACUUUGAGCCCGCCUCGCCGGUCGCCGGGCCCGCGCCCGCCUCCGAGGCGUCGGAGCCAGCCGCCGCGCCCUCCGCCGCAGCCACGGACGCGGACGAGAGCUACGGCGCGUCGGACUUCGAGGAGAGCACCGGCGCGGCCGGACCGGCGGCGCCGGCGCCCGCCGCCGAUGCGGACGCCGCGGAGCCCGCGCCCGCCGCGGAACCGUCAACACCAACGCCCGCCGCCACGGACGUCGAGGACAGCUACGGCGCCGACGAGUUCUCGGAGCUCGAGGAGAGCAAGGGCCCGACGGAGCUGUCGUCGUCGGCCGUCGAGGCGGCGCCCGAGCCCGUCGCGGCGCCCGAGGAGGCCUCGUCCGAGCAGGUCGUCGUGCCCUCGGCGGUGCCCUCGGUCGCCCCCUCGGUGGCCGCCACGGACGUCGACGAGAGCUACGGGGCCUCGGAGUUCGAGGAGAGCGCCGGAGUUUCGGAACCCGUCGCGGCGCCCGAGCCCGCCACCGCCGCCGCGCCGUCCGCCGCGCCGACGGACGUCGACGAGAGCUACGGCGCCGAGGACUUCGACGAGCCCGCGCCGGUCGCCGCGCCCGCGGCGGCGGCGGCCCUCGAGGAGUCCGCCGACGCCUACGACGACGAGGCCUUUUCCGAGUUCGAGGAGAGCGCCGGGCCGGCGCCGGUGGCCGCGGCGCCGCCGUCGCCGGCGCCCGCGAGCGCGCCGGGCCCCGCCGAAGAGGCGGGACCAGGCCCCGACGCCGCCGACGGCCCGGCCGCGGCGCCCGCACCUGCGCCGGCGGACGCGGAGGCCGUCGCCGCGGCCGAGGAGGUCGUCGAGGGCGUCUCCGACGAGGUCCAUCAAGAGGCCUACGCCGCGGCGCUGGAAGCCACGGGCAGCCCCGCGGCCGCGGCGGAGGUCGCCCAGGCCGCCGCCGAGGCCGUCGUCCAGAAGACGCUCGACGAGGCCGAGGUCGAGGCGCCGGUCGCCGCGGCCGUGCUCGCGCACAUCAGCGCACCAGCACCGGCGCCCGGCGCCUCUCCGGAAGCCGUCGCCGUGGCGGCGGAGGCCGCGCGCGUCGAGGCACUCGAGGCCAAGCCCGACGAUGUGGAGUUUGCCGAGGCCGAGGCCGCGCGCGCGGCCGAGGAGGUCGCUGUUGCAUUACAUAUCGCGCCGGUGAGCGCGCCGGCCCCCGCGCCGGGCGUGGCUGCCUCGCCCAUUGUCUCAGCCCGCGCGCCCGCGCCGGCCGCGUCGACGCCGAUCUCGGCCCGCGCACCGGCACCGGCCGCGGCGGCGCCCACGACCGCGCCGGCACCGGCCGCCGCGCUGACGCCCCUCGAGAGGUCGCCGCGGCCCGAGCUGACGCCCCUCAAGGAGGACGAGCCCCUCGAGGAGGCCGCGCCGGCGCCCGGCACGGCGCUCGGCGACCCGCUCAAGCUCGACGUGUCGCUCGAGGACUCGGGGACGAUCGUCGUCGGGCCGGCCACGCCGUCGAAGCAGGUCGACGCCGCGGCCGCGGACCGCACGGACGUCGCCCUCCAGGACGCCGAGACGGCCGAGACGCGGCCGCCCAGCCGGCGGCCGAAGAAGAAGGGCCCGGCCCCGGCGCCGAGCGCCGCACCCGUCAGCGCGCCGGCACCGGCUGCAGCGGCGCCCCUGCCCGCGGCGCCGGCGCCGGCGCCGCCGGCCCACGUCGCGGCCGCGGCCGACGAGGCCUUCGCCGAGGCCCUCGCGGAGACGGCGGACGUCGCCCAGGCCGCCGACGCCGCCGACGACGCCGCCGUCGCGGCCGCGGCCCGGGACCUCGUGCUGGCGCCCGUCGCGCUCGCCCCGCCGGCGCCCGCGCCGCUGGCGCCCGCGCCGGCGCCGGGCGCUGCGUCGCCGCUGAUUUCAGCCCGCGCGCCCGCGCCGGCCACCGCAGCCUCUCCGAUGGUCUCGGCCCGCGCGCCGGCGCCGGCAUCGCUCUCGCCGGCCCUCGCUCCCGCGCCGGGCGUCGCGGCCUCGCCUUUGAUUUCUGCCCGCGCGCCGGCGCCCGCGCCCGGCACGGCCGCGGCCUCGCCGAUGGUGUCGCCGAUGGCUUCGGCCCGCGCGCCGGCGUUCGCGCCGGCCCCGGCGCCCGGCGCGGCGUCCACGCCGGUCGCGGCGCCGGCCUUCGCGCCGGCGCCGGUCGGCGCGCCCGUGCCGUUCGCCCCGGUCGGCGCCCCCGUUGCGGCGCCGGCUCCUUCACCGAAGGUCGACGACUACGAGACCCUGAUCGAACCCGCGAGCGCGCCGGCGACGAUGGCGCGGCCGAUGACGACGCCCGAGGAGCAGACGAAGCGCAUCAGCGUCGUCGAGACGCUGCCGCCCUGGGCGCGCGACGCCGCGCCCAAGGGCCUGGGGUCCUACGAGGACCCCAUCGCGUUGUGGGGCCUGCCCGAUGACGUGGAUGCGGACGCGUACGAUUUAGAUGCGUGCGACGCGACGAUCUAUGAUGAUACGCCGGUGCAGUCGGCCGACUGCGUGCACACGGCUUUGGUUGAUGUGCCCGGCGCUGGGUGCCUGUCGUGCUCCUUCCUCAAAUCCUCGGAAGGUUUCGUGGUCGAGGCGCUGUCGGUCGCGCGGGGGCAGGUUUAUACCCUGGAAUUAUCAGGCGACUUCGACCGGCAGGACUGCAUCGACCUGACGUCGCGGCUGACCGUCGAGGACGGCGCGCUGAAGGUGAAUCUGCCGACGCGCGUCCUGCGGCUCGAGGGCACGCCCGAGACGUUCGAGCGGGAGGCCUUCCUGUCGUCGCUCUCGGAGCUGCUCGACGUUUCUAGUGAAGAGAUCGAGAUCGUGUCGGUCAAGCGCGGCUCCAUUCUAGUGGAGGUGCGGUUGGCGGCUCACCUCGAGGCGCGGCUCGCUUCCCUGUCGGCGCAGGAGCUCGCGUCCUUCGUCGCCACGGUCCAGACGACCUACGAGGCGCGCAAGGCGAGCGGCGUCGCGCUCGGCGAGCCGCUCGCGGCGCCGGAGCCCGAGGAGGACGAGCGGUCGCUCGCCGUGUCCGAGAAGUCGCUCGCGACGGCGGCGACGGCGCCGUCGCGCGCGCCGGUCGCCGUCGCCGACGACGACGAGCGGUCGCUCGCGACGGCCACGCCCGUCCCGUUCGCCCGUCCCGAGGCGGCCACGCCGGAGCCGAGCCCGGAGCCGAGCGCCCCGCCGUCGCCCAUCACGCCGGUCGCCGCGGCCUCGCCGGUCGCCGCCCCCGCCGCCGCCGAGAGCCCCCCGGCCGUCGACGUCGCGGCCGACGACGAGCCUUCCGCGCCCGAGGAGCCGGUCGAAGCCGUCGAACCGGCGGCGGCGCCCGUCCCGGUGCCCGAGCCCAUCGACGUCGAGGAGGAGCCCGCGCCGACCGAGGCCGAGCCCGAGGCGCCGACGACGCCCGCGACCGCGCGCCAGGCCCGGCUCUCCACCGCGUCGCCGCGCGAACCCGUGCCCGAGGCCGUCUCACCGCGCGAGUCGUCGCCCGUGACGGUCAUCGACCCGGUCACCGCUGCCGAGAGCCCCAAGGCGAGCGACGACGAGGCGCCGGAGCCCGUCCCGGCGGCCGCGCCGACGCCCGCCGUGGCCGCUGCUGCGCCCGCGCCGGCCGAGCCUAUCGCCGAAGCCGCGUCGGAGGAGCCCACGGCCGAGCCGCCUGCGCCGGAGCCUACGGCCGAGCCUGCUUCGGAGCCAGACGCGGAGCCCGCUGCGGAGCCCACGGCCGAGCCUACGACUGAGCCGACGGAGGAGCCUCCUGCGGAGCCCCCGGCUGAUGAGCCUGCGGCUGAGCCAGCCGCCGAUGAGCCGGCCGCGGAGCCCGCUGAGGAGCCCACCGCUCAGCCGGUCGCUGAGGAGCCCACCGUUGAGCCACCAGCUGAGCCGGCGGCUGAUGAGCCGACCGCGGAACCGGCCGCUGAUGAGCCGACCGCUGAGCCGACCGCUGAGGAGCCGUCCGCGGAGCCCGAGGAGCCGACCGCGGAGCCUGCUGAGGAGCCCACGGCCGAGCCUGCGGCUGAGCCACCAGCUGAGCCGGCGGCUGAUGAGCCGACCGCUGAUGAGCCAACCGCGGAGCCACCGGCUGAGCCUACGGCUGAGCCGGCCGCUGAUGAGCCGAGCGCUGAUGAGCCAGCCGCGGAGCCCGCAGCUGAUGAGCCUACGGCCGAGCCGACGGCUGAGCCGGCCGCUGACGAGCCGACCGCGGAGCCCGCUGAGGAGCCCACGGCCGAGCCUGCGGCUGAGCCGGCCGCUGACGAGCCGACUGCGGAGCCGGCCGCUGAUGAGCCCACAGCGGAGCCUCCGGCUGAGCCGGUUGCUGAUGAGCCCGCUGAUGAGCCAGCCGCUGAUGAGCCCACAGCGGAGCCUCCGGCUGAGCCGACCGCUGAUGAGCCAACCGCGGAGCCACCGGCUGAGCCUAUGGCCGAGCCCCCAGCUGAGCCGGCCGCUGAUGAGCCGGCCGCUGACGGGCCCACCACUGAUGAGCCCACCGCUGAUGAGCCCACAGCUGAUGAGCCGGCCGCGGAGCCCGCUGAGGAGCCUACGGCCGAGCCGGCCGCUGAGCCCACCGCUGAUGAGCCGGCCGCGGAGCCCACUCCGGAGCCCGCUGCGGAGCCCACGCCUCCGGCUGAGCCGCCCGUCGAGCCUCCUUCGGAACCGACCGCGGAGCCCCCGGCUGAUGAGCCGGUCGCUGAUGAGCCGGCCCCGGAGCCACCGGCUGAGCCAGCUGCCGACCCUGAGCCAGCUGCCGAUCCUACACCGGAGCCCGCUGCGGACCCUGAGCCUGCCGCGGACCCUGAACCUGCCGCCGACCCUGAGCCUGCUGCCGAACCUGCGCCGGAGCCCAAGGCCGCCACGCCGGAGCCCAGCGCGCCGCCGUCGCCCGAGGCCGCCACGCCGGAGCCUGUCGCCGAGCCGCCGGCCGAGCCGACGCCGGAACCCCAGGCAGAUCCGACGCCCGAGCCCGCCGACCCAACUCCCGAACAAACGGACGAGGACGCCGCCGAGGCCAAACGAAUAGAAGAAGCGGCCCAGCUCAAGCGCGAGGAAGCGGCGAGGCGCGCCGAGGAGGCCGAGGCCAAGGCCGCGCAGAUGAGUUUAGACCUUGAAAAAGUCGAGCAGCAGGUCCAAGAGGUCGAGUCCGCGCGCGAGGAGACGUCCGCGCGGCGCCAGGCCACGGAGGCCCAGUUGGACAGCGCCCGCCAGAAGGCCGAGCAGCUCAAGGCCGAGUUGAAGAAGGAGGAGGAGGCCGAGCGCGCGCUCGUCGCCGCCCGCGAGAAGGCCGAAGAGGCGCGCCUCGCGAACGAGGCCCAGGAGGCCAAGCGGGCCGAAGCGGCCGAGGCCAAAGCUAAAGCCGCCCAGCAGGCCGAGGAGGCUUCACGCCUCCAGGCCGAGGCCCAGGCCAAGGCCGACGCGGCCGCGCAAGCGAAGCGUGAAGCCCAGGAGGCCCAAGAGGCACGCGAAGCGAAGAUCGCGGAACAGAAAGCGAAGCUCGCCGCCCUGGAGGACGACGCCGCCGCGCGCGCGGCUCUGGAGGAGGAGAUGCGCGCCGAGGAGGAGGCUUUACUUGCGGAGCAGGCCAAGCUGGCCGAAGCCGAAGCUCUGGAACAGGAAGAAGCUGCCAAGGCCGCCGAGGCCGAUCGUAAAGCGGCGCAGGAGCAGGAGGCCGCCGCACAGGCGGCCCAGAAAGAAGCGGAGGAGCGAGAAGCCGCCGAGGCGGCGCAACGGCGCGCCGACGACGAAGCCAGGGUCCAGGCCGAGGCCCAGGCCAAGCGGGAAGAAGCUGAAAGGCGCGCCAAUGAAGCCGAGGCCCAGGCCGCGGCUCUCAACCUAGAUCUGGAGAAGGUCCAGGCGCACACCGAGGCAGUCGAGAGCGCGCGCGCCGAGGCGUCGGUCCGCCGCCAGGAGGUCGAAACCUUGGUCGAGGAGCAGAAGGAGAAGCAGGAGGUCUUGAAGUCGUCCAUCAAGUUGGAAGAUGCGGCGGAACAGGAGCUGGUCGAGGCUCAGGCCAAAGCCGCCGAGGCGAACGAGGAGCAAGCUUUAGCUGCGGAGAAGGCUCAACAGGCGGAGGAGGCCAAGCGCGCGGCCGAGGCGCAGGCUGCCGAAGCGGCACAAGCCCAGGCCGAGGCCCGGGCCAAGGCCGACGCUGCCGCUCAGGCCAAGGCCGAUGCUGUGGAAGCGGAGCGCGCCAAAGCUCAAGCGCUGGAGGAGAAGAAGGCCGCGCUGCAGUCAGCGAACGACGACGAGCGGGCCGCCCUCGAGGCCGAACUCGCCGCCGAGGAGGAAGCGCUGAAAGCGGAGCAGGAGAAGCUCGCCGCGGCCGAGGAGGCCGAGCGCCUCGAGGCGGAGAAGGCUGCUGCUGCGGAGGCGAAGGCCAAGGAGGAGGAGGCCGCGGCUGCUAAAGCGGCGGCCCUCGAGGAGGCGGAGCGCGAGAAGGCCGCGGCGGCGGCUCAGGCCCUCGCCGACGAGGAGGCGCGCCUCGCGGCCGCCGUCGAGGCGUCGCCGCGGCCCGUCGAGCCGCCGGCCCCGGCCGAAGAUGCGGAGCGCACGCCGCCCAAGGCGGCCCAGGCCUCGCCGGCCGCGACGCCGCCGCCCGAGGCGUCUCCUCCGGGUGGCACGGCCGUCGCCGACGCGCUCGACGCGCCGGCCGCCGCGACGCCGCCCAAGGCCGCCGCGCCGGCGGCGGCCGCGAGCGCCACGCCCGAGCCCAGCGCGCCGCCGACGCCCAAGGCUGCCACGCCGGAGCCGAGCGCUCCGCCGACGCCCGAGGCGGCCGAGCCGGCCGCUCCAGCGACGCCGCCGUCGGAGCCCGCGGCCGCGCCCGCGGAGCCGACGCCGGAACCGACGCCAGAGCCGUCUGAAGCCGCGGACGACAGCGUCGCAGCCGAAGCUCCUAGCGAGCCCGCUGCGGACCCUGCGCCGGAGCCCGCCGCCGAUCCUGCGCCGGAGCCCGCUGCGGACCCUGAGCCUGCCGCGGACCCUGCACCGGAGCCCGCUGCGGACCCUGAGCCUGCCGCGGACCCUGCGCCGGAGCCUGCUGCUGACCCUGAGCCUGCCGCGGACCCUGCGCCGGAGCCUGCAGCUGAUCCUGAGCCUGCCGCGGACCCUGCGCCGGAGCCUGCAGCUGAUCCUGAGCCUGCCGCGGACCCUGCGCCUGCCGCCGACCCUGCGCCGGAGCCCGCCGCCGACCCUGAGCCUGCCGCGGACCCUGCGCCGGAGCCUGCAGCUGACCCUGAGCCUGCCGCGGACCCUGCGCCUGCCGCCGACCCUGCGCCGGAGCCCGCCGCCGACCCUGAGCCUGCCGCGGACCCUGCGCCGGAGCCUGCAGCUGACCCUGAGCCUGCCGCGGACCCUGCGCCUGCCGCCGACCCUGCGCCGGAGCCCGCCGCCGACCCUGAGCCUGCCGCGGACCCUGCGCCGGAGCCUGCUGCCGACCCGGAGCCUGCUGCGGACCCUGCGCCGGAGCCCGCCGCCGAUCCUGAGCCAGCCGCCGACCCUGUGCCGGAGCCCGCCGCCGACCCUGAGCCUGCCGCGGACCCUACGCCGGAGCCUGCGGCCGACCCUGAGCCUGCUGCCGACCCGGAGCCUGCCGCUGACCCUACGCCGGAGCCCAGCGCGCCACCGUCGCCCAAGGCUGCCACGCCGGAGCCAGACGCCGAGCCCGCGGCUGAGCCGCCGGCCGAGCCGACGCCAGAUCCACAGGCAGAUCCGACGCCUGAGCCUUCGGCUGAGCCGACGCCAUCACCGCCGACGCCCGAGCCCACGCCCACGCCGCCGAGCGAGGCCGUGGACGACGCGGCGCCGGCCGUGGACGCCGAGCCGAGCGAGGCGGCGCAGGAGGCCGCGGCCGAGAUCUCGGCUGCCGUCGUCGCGGCGCAGGACGACUCGACGGUCGACGACGGCACGGUCGCGACAAAGGAUGACGGCGGCGACGGCGGCGCGCCCCUCGCGGACCCGGCGGAAGCGCCGCCCGCGGACGAAGACGUCGCCGAGCCGCCCGCUGAGCCCAAUCCGGAGCCCAGCGCACCGCCGACGCCCAAGGCCGCGACUCCGGAGCCGAGCGCUCCUCCGACGCCCAAGGCCGCGACUCCGGAGCCGAGCGCUCCGCCGACGCCCAAGGCCGCGACUCCGGAGCCGAGCGCUCCGCCGACGCCCAAGGCCGCCACACCGGAGCCCAGCGCUCCGCCGACGCCCAAGGCUGCUACUCCGGAGCCGAGCGCUCCGCCGACGCCCAAGGCUGCUACUCCUGAACCGGCUGCCGAGCCGAGCGCCGAGCCUCCGGCCGAUGCCGAACCUCCGGUGGACGAGCCGGCCGCCGAGCCGGCCGCCGAGCCUGCGGCGGAUGCCGAGCCUCCAGCGGACGAGCCGGCCGCCGAGCCGGCAGCCGAUGCCGAGCCUCCGGCGGACGAGCCGGCCGCCGAGCCGGCAGCCGCAGACGAGCCUCCGGCCGAGCCCGCGGCGGAUCCGACGCCUGAGCCGCCGGCCGACGAGCCGAGCGCCGAGCCUCCGGCCGACGAGCCGGCCGCCGAGCCGGCAGUCGACGCUGAGCCUCCGGCCGCCGAGCCUGCGGCGGAUGCCGAGCCUCCGGCGGACGAGCCUCCGGCCGAGCCCGCGGCGGAUCCGGCGCCCGAGCCGGCUGACGAGACGCCGGCUGCCGACGAAGCAGCUCCAUCGGAGCCGCCGGCCGCCGCGGCGCCUGAGCCGACCGAGGCCGAGGCCGAGCCGAGCAGCCCGGAGCCGGCCGCCGCCGAGGAGCCGGCCGCCGUCGAGGAGGCGCCGAGCCCUCCCAAGCCCGACGUGGCCGCCGUCGAGGAGUCGGCGCCCGAGCCCCAAGUGGCCCCGGCGCCGGAGCCGGCCGCGGAGCCAGCCACCGAGGCGCCCGCCGCCGCCGCGGAGCCCGAGGCGCCGCCGAGCCCCCAGCGCCCCAAGACCGCCGUCGCGUCGGCGCGAGCGAUCCUCACGGAGGGCGUGAAAGUCGGCGAGGCUUUUCUCCUCGCGUCGGUUGUCGACCAGGACGGCAACCUGGGCAUCCACGCCUACGACACGCGGACCCAGAAGCUCUGGGAGUGCACUGUUCUACAAGAGCAGUGGAGUCAUUUGGGUGGCGCGCUCACGGAGCUCAGCGGAAGACAGCAGGCGUCGCUCGCUCGAAGUAUACUGAAGGACUUGGUCAUUGACGGCUCCCUGAAAUACGACCCCUUCCCGGCGGUGCGCGUGGCGUCGCCGGCCGAAGAGGCCAAGGUCCCGGACUCCGUACCUGGUAUCGCGAACAUCGGCGCGGCGGCGGACGAGCCGGCGCCCGUCACGACGACCGACCGACGGCCCUGGACGGCGGAGGACGAAGCGCUCGAGGCGCCGUUCCUGUCUGAUUUUGCAGAACUCACGACCCUCAAGAAGACGGGCACGCCCGGCCAGGCUACUAAAAGAAGGGCCUUGUAUACCGAGGGCGUCGAGGUCCAAGACGGACGGCAUUUACUCUGUUCGAUCUACAACGACGACGGUGCGUUGAGCGUGGAGGCCUUCGAGCCCGACGCGCUCAUGGACUACUCGCUGAUCGUGUCUUGUGAUGAGGCGGGCUGCGAGCCUUCCGCACUCAACGAUGACGCGGCCGCGUAUCUGAUUGCUGAGAGAGUUUGUGAAGGACUUACUCUAGUACCGCAAGCCCACGGCGCCGGCGAUCGAUUAAUCUUCGCGCCGAACCGGACCGCGGAUGUACUGGUCAUCGACGACAAUUCCGAGGGCGACGACCUCGAGAGUUUGCUACUGGCCGUCAACAAACAGCCGAGGGAGGCCCCGACCUUCGACGGCACUACCGACGAGGGCUACGCCGUCACGUUGAUGGAGGAGGCCGAGGGCUUUAGAGUAAGGGCCAUGGACCCCCUUCGUCCCUGGAGGGCGGUCGAGCGCGUGUUUUCACUUCACGUUCUCGAGCAGGCGAAGUACGUGCCCGUGACGUCGCAUCUGACCGAUGCAGACAAGGACAUAUUAGGAGAGGCUUUACUGAAGAGUGUCUUGGCGCCUGCGGACGAAGAAAAACCUCUGGAGGUCCACCUCACGGCGCCUCCUGAUAACUUACGACCGGGCUCUCCGCAGCGGACGUCCCGCGCUUUAUUGACGUUGGGUGUGGAGUUGGACGGCCAGCUCGUCAUGGCGUCCUUGUACGAGAAACGUCGUGUCAUCGAGUGUCAAUGCUUUCACGCGGAGUCCGGCCUGGCUUGCACGCUCGAAGUGCGGGAAAAAGUAUGGAUGAAACAUGGUUUAAAGGCGCUGAAGGAGCUCUCGACGGAGGAAAAAGAUAGGGUCUGCCACGCGAUCACGGAAUCGAUUGCGCUCGAGGAGCCGCUCCCGCCCGCGGAUUUGACGGCUGCCCUGCGCGAACAGGCUUUUUCUGAAGCGCUGGCGAAGCGGGCCGCCGCGGCGCCGGCCUAG